GCCUUGUUGGAAGCUAACCAAACCAUGAAACAAAUCAAACAUUAAACAAGAAUGAAGUUUCCGGUGGUAAGAUAACUAACCGUAACAGUAGCAGCCAAAGAAGAAGAAUACUCGCACAAAUACAACCACAACCUUUCACCUUCCUCACCAUUUCACUUUUUUCGAGACUUUUCCUUCUUUUUUCUCUCUCCUCUUUACUUUGUUUUUCUGCUUUAAUUAUUAUAUUUCCAGUUUAAUUCAAUUACAAUUCAAUUGCAAUCCAACAAUUCAAUUUAAUUCACUCCAAAAAAUUUUAAAAAAAUCCCAUGUGAUGUGAGUAGUACUACUACUAUUGUCCUGUAUUUAUCUCUCUCUUUCAUUUUCAGAUCAUUAUUUUAUUUGAUACAGACUAUUUCUCUUCUUCCUUCAAUUUUUAGAGAGAGAAAACAAAACCUGUGAAUUCCCCAAGAAUUUGUUGGUUUUUGUGGUUCAACUUCUCACUCCUCUCUUCUCCCCAGAGAGAGAAUUAUUUGCUGCACAGCUGGAAUUUGUUAAUUCUGGGUGCUAAUUAUGUUGGGGUUUUUAUAAUUGAUCCAUCCGGGGUGGAUUGUAGACUUGUAGUUCAUGGGUUGAAUGAACAAUAAGUGGGAAAUGGGUAGUCUAAGUGAAGAAGAUGACCAAUUUUAUGAUUCUAAGGAUUAUAUCACCCCUGUUUCGGAUUCCGGAUCCGAUGGGGUGGAGAAUUCUGAUUCAGAAUCAAGGAUUGCUGAGGAUGUGCUUCGCAAUUUCGGGUAUGAGGUUUGGAUCCGAAGUCCCGGAACUAUUGGUGAGCGCCGUCAGAAGCUGUUGAAAUUGAUGGGUUUAGCUCCGAAUCAAGUGGUGGAGGAAGGGGAUGAUGUUGAGUGUUCUAGCAGAUUUGAGGGGGAGGUUGUGGAUAGUGCUAGAAUUAUGGAAAAUAGUGGGACGGUUUUGAGGUCGAGUUUUAGGGAGCUGCAUUCGUCGAGUCAGUCUUCUGUAUCAUGUUGCUCGAAUGAUACGCAUGAGUUGUUGGAUAUGGCUAUCGAGGAGAAUUUGGUCCGGAGAAUCAGGAAUUUGGACGAUGGAUCGGAGUUCAUUGUGGAUGAACUUGGGCAAGAUGGAUUAUUCAGAAGACUUCGAGAAGUGGGAUCUAAUAGGUCGCUCAGUGGGGAGGAAUUUGAGCGGAUUCUGGGCCUAUCGCCGUUGGUUCAAAGAGCCAUGAGAAGAGAUGGUGGUUUGGCACCCAAUACUAAAGUUGAAGGAAAAAAGAGAGCUAAAAAAGGAUUUUUACGGAGAUUAGGUGUUGUGGCAUGUAUUGCGGAUACACAGUCAAGCUCAAGGAUUAACCGAGUAGAAAGUGAUGGCUCUUUAUCAAUUUUAAGACGUAGAGCUCAUAAUGUUAGGGUUCGCACUUACAAAAAGCGUUCUAAGGAUUUUUCGGCUCUUUAUAUGGGGCAAGAUAUUGCUGGACAUGAAGGUGCUAUCCUUACAAUGAAGUUCAGUCCUGAUGGCCAGUUUCUGGCAAGUGCUGGUGAGGAUGGAACUGUUCGGGUAUGGCAAGUGAUUGAGUCUGAGAAGUCAGAAAUAGAUCAUGUUCCAGAUGUUGAUGCUGCACAUGUCUAUUUUACAAUCAACCAACAUGGAGAAUUAGUACCUGUUAAUGUUGACAAAGAAAAAAGGGGGAGAUUGAAGAGCCUGAGAAAAUCACCUGAGUCUGCGUGUGUUAUCUUCCCACGGAAAGUAUUCCAAUUAGCAGAGAAGCCUCUUCAUGAGUUCCAUGGUCAUCGUGGUGAAGUGUUGGAUCUUUCCUGGUCAAAUAACAAGUGCCUCCUGUCAUCCUCUGUCGACAAAACUGUCCGUUUGUGGAGAGUGGGAUUUGAUGAGUGCCUGAAAGUUUUUUCACACAGCGAUUUUGUCACAUGCAUUCAGUUUAAUCCCAUGAAUGAAAAUUUCUUCAUCAGUGGUUCUGUUGAUGGUAAGGUUCGUAUUUGGAGCAUUUCCGAAAGUGGAGUUGUUGAUUGGACUGACAUCAAAGAAAUAGUCACUGCUGUUUGUUAUCAGCCUGAUGGAAAGGGUGCAAUUGUUGGCUCAAUAUCUGGUGCUUGCUAUUUCUUUGAUACUUCAGAUGAUCGGCUGCAAAUGACUGAUCAAAUAUCGUUGCAUGGUAAAAAGAAGGCACCCUUGAGAAGAAUUACUGGGUUUCAGUUUUCCCCUGGUGACCCAAGCAAGCUCAUGGUUACUACUGCUGAUUCCCAGGUCCGAAUACUCAAAGGGGUUGAUGUAAUCUGUAAAUAUAAAGGUCUUCGAAAUGCAGGAAGCCAAAUAUCUGCAUCAUUUACAUCAGAUGGAAAGCAUAUUGUCUCAGCGAGUGAAGACUCUUUUGUUUAUGUAUGGGACUCCAAUAAAUCAGACAGAACAGUUUCAUCUCACUUUCGGAGCAAGAGCUCCUGUGAGAGAUUUUUCUCAAGCAACGCCUGUGUUGCUGUUCCUUGGUAUGGAACAACAUGCAGCAAUGUUUUACCUUGUCUCUCGGAAUCAUCAGCAACUUCUCCAGGAAUCAUGGUUCGAUACACAGCUGAAAGAAGACUGGAACAUCAACCUUCCGCCGAGAGCCCACACCUCAGAACAUCAUUAUUCUCAACAGAUGCCAUUUCUCUGGGCUUUCCAGAUCCAUUUUCCAGAGGGGUUGCAACCUGGCCGGAAGAGAAGCUAACCAGCUCAAAUUCCCUUAUUGUUUCAUCAGCAACUUGCAAAUCAGAGUACAAGUUUUUAAAAACAACAUGUCAAAGUAUGGCAAGCUCCCAACACGCGUGGGGUUUAGUCAUUGUAACCGCAGGUUGGGAUGGUCGAAUCAGGGUAUUCCAGAACUAUGGUUUACCGGUUCGCUUGUAAAUUCUCAGGAGUUUGGUCAGUGUGUGCCUCAAAAUGGAAUUUAUAAAUUUAUGAUUCCAUUGUAUAAAUGUAAAGGUAAAAAUUUUCCCCACACGUAAUUAUAUUAUAUACUUGUUAGUUGAUUUUUUUUGCCGAAAAAAAGAAAAAGAAGAAGAAAAUUGGGUCCAUAUUACUAGUUUUUAGCAAGAGGUUACAGGCUCUCAAAAGUCAAUGUAAUUUUGGCUGAUUUUGUGGAAGUGGAAGCUACCUUCCAAAUUUGAUUAUUGAAUAGUAGAUCUUGGAUUUUGAGGAUCAAAUAUUCAUUGUAGUUGACUUUUUUCUUUUGUAUAUGUCAUAUUUUUAUAUACCAAAUUGUUGUGAGAACUUUUACAGUUUAUAUUGACUUUUUCAUUUUAUAUA